UUCACACAAUAUUUAUUGGGAAGGGGAUGCGCUUUUUAGCCAUCAUGCGCCCAAUGCGGUCAUUCAAUUAUUUGCUAAUAAAAAAUCCUUGUUUAAUUGUAUUUUUUUUUAUUUUUAUUCCUCUCUCUCUUUUUCCAUAAUUUUUCUCGAAUUUAAAUAAAAACAUGAUAUCUGGUGCACCUUCUGUACAACCACAAAGUAAUAGCCAUGCACACUUGGACAGUAUAUUUGAAUCCGUAAAACGACAGGUUGAUCUUUGGGGCGAAAAUGCAAAGUGGAAGAUAGAUCUCGUCUUGUUGGAUAAUCCACAGCAACAACAGCAACAACAGCAAAGUGUCAUACGUCCGUUAUUAUCACCACAGCAGUUGCAUCCAAAUGCAAUCACAACUCCGUCCAUGACCAGCAGUAGUAAUACGAUUCAAAAUAUACAAUUACCAAUCACUGCAGCAACUCAGUAUCCUUGGGAUUAUACACCGCCUACCACCAACGAAUGGAGACAACGCGAGAAUGAUGAAUUAUAUCAAAAGCUACACGAAUCAAUAGAAAGACAAAAGUACCUUGAGAGUAUCAUUUGGGCUCAAGCUGAACAGAUUAAAAGUUCAAGGCAGAACCAGCCAAGAGAAGAAGAUGCGAUAAAGACAAUGAAGAAUAUCUUUUUGAUGAAUGAAAAUGAGCAAAGGAAUCGGUACAAGAUGGAAACAAACAUACUGCAAAAAGAUAUUGAAACACUAAAGAAAAAGUUACAAAAGAUGGCUUCUAUUUUGUACGAAAUAGAAAAAAUACAGAUACCUCCUGAAGACGCGGAAUUAGAUAAAGAAGCAUUAUUAAAAGACAGAAAUAUCCUGUUGAGAAAAUUAUAUCUCGCAGAACUCAGACUAUCCGCAAGGGACGCAGAACUAGAAUACUUGCAUGAAGUUGUCGAUUCACUUAAAUCCAGUACGUUCAAUAAACCUCCUCAACCACAUCCACCAUAUAAAAAGAUAAGGAAGGGCCCUCCCUAUCUACUUCAACAACAAUUCUCUCCCCGCAGCAGUGAAGUUCGAUUGUACGAUCAGCAACCAUUAACUGCGCUCGACAGUCUCGGUAUCGUCGCUGAUCAGAUGCUAAGCGAUCCAGAGUUUGAUUCUAACACGAGCACUACAGCGUAUGACCAAAACACAAAACGAGUUCGAUCUCGACUAGAUGACAGGAGAUCUCAGAGAUCGAUGGAUUCGGCUGUUACGCUCUUAACCAUGCCUCAGUUAAUCACUCCAUCUGCAAAAAUACCUGAAAACAAGUCUCCUGAAUCCAAUAGUUCUGCUGCCAAGAAAUCGAGAACAACCUAUAUGCGAUGGACAGAAGAAGAGGACGACAAGUUGAGAAAGGCAGUUCAAAAACAUGGUCCAAGCAAUUGGGAAGCCUGUGCAAGAGAUCUAGAAGGAAGAACAAACAUUCAAUGUCGUAAUCGAUGGAUACGGUACCUUGAAAACAAAGAACCAAAAACAGAUGCUCGUCAGUCCCCAUCCAUUGCUGCCCUGCUCAAUGAUGACAACCGUGUCUAUACUCCGCCUUCUCCUGCUGCUACGCCAAAGAAUGUCAAACGCGUCAAGACAGAAAAUGCUUCCCUCGCUUAAUUGGUAUAUGGCUUGCUGUUGUACAUAGCAUUUGUAUAUAGUCCUUUCAUUUUUCUAUUCAUCCAUUGCCCUUCCUUUUUCCUUUCUUUUUUUUUUUUUUU